AAACUAAAACCUCACGCUUAAGAAAAAAAAAAAAAAAAAAACAGAGGUUGGUUUCAAAAUUCAAAAAUAAAAAAAUGUGUCAGCAACCUUCAUCUCCUCAUUGCAAUUGUAACCCAGCCGACCAAGACACAAACAUAUUCGACCCGUUUUUGCUACCAAAACCCAUCAAACAAUCCCCAGAACCAAUCACACCAACUCUUGGUCAUCACCAACAAUUCAACAAGCCACACAACAAGAACAAAACUCAUCUUUCAUUAGCCAUAAAUGAAGCCAUUUCAAUAGCCAAAAUCGCUAUCCCGAUGAUCCUCACGGGUCUCUUGCUCUAUUCACGCUCAAUGAUAUCGAUGUUGUUCUUAGGCCACCUCGGCGAGCUAGCACUCGCAGGCGGUUCGUUGGCAGUCGGGUUCGCUAACAUCACAGGUUACUCGGUUCUAUCCGGUUUAGCCAUGGGCAUGGAGCCCAUUUGUGGCCAAGCUUUUGGUGCCAAAAGACACACUCUUCUUGGUCUUUGUUUACAAAGAACCGUUCUGUUAUUGACUCUAGUGUCGUUACCGAUUGCGGUUUUGUGGCUUAACAUGAAAACCAUCUUGCUUUUUUGUGGGCAAGAUGAAGAAAUUGCAACACAAGCUCAAACUUAUCUUUUAUACUCUCUUCCUGAUCUUUUGGCUCAAUCUUUAUUACACCCAUUGCGAAUUUACCUCCGUUCGCAAUCGAUAACUCUGCCGCUCACAUUCUGUGCAUCGCUUUCGAUCUUUCUUCACAUGCCCAUUAACUAUUAUCUUGUGAAGUAUCUAAAUUUGGGGAUUGAAGGUGUUGCAAUUGGUAGUGUGUGGACGAAUUUCAAUCUUGUUGCUUCAUUGGUGGUUUACAUAUUAAUUUCGGGUGUUUACAAGAAAACAUGGGGAGGUGUUACGAGAGAAUGUCUUAAAGGGUGGAAAUCGUUGCUAAAUUUAGCGAUUCCGAGUUGUAUAUCGGUUUGUCUCGAAUGGUGGUGGUACGAGAUCAUGAUAUUGUUAUGUGGGCUAUUGGUUAACCCGCGAGCCACCGUGGCUUCGAUGGGGAUUUUGAUUCAAACGACCGCGUUAAUCUACAUAUUCCCGUCUUCGUUGAGUUUCAGCGUGUCGACUCGGGUUGGUAACGCAUUGGGCGCGGGUCAGCCCGAUAAGGCGAAACGGGCCGCCAUUGUCGGGCUGUCGUGUAGCUUUUUCUUGGGGUUUUCGGCUCUGUUUUUCGCGGCUAGCGUGAGGAAUAUAUGGGCGACUAUGUUCACGCAAGAUAAAGAAAUCAUCGCAUUGACGGCCAUGGUUCUUCCGAUAAUCGGGCUCUGCGAGCUGGGAAACUGCCCGCAGACGACAGGGUGCGGUGUCCUAAGAGGCACCGCUCGCCCGAAAAUCGGAGCGCAUAUUAAUUUAGGGUGUUUUUAUUCGGUGGGUAUGCCAGUGGCGGUUGUGUUGGGAUUCUUUAUGGGCUUUGAUUUCGAAGGUUUGUGGUUGGGGAUGUUGGCGGCGCAGAUGUCCUGCGUGGUUGCGAUGUUGGUGGCUUUGGGGCGUACGGAUUGGGGGUUUGAAGCCGAAAGAGCGAAGGAGCUGACGCUCGGCAGCGACGGCGACGACAGUGACAAAACUGUUGUAAAAGUUGUUACUGACGACGAAGAAAUUAAGAAAGAAGAGUACAAGUUGAUGCAACCUCAAAACAAGGAGGAAGAAUCUCUGGGUUUUGGGCCAGAUUUAGUUUAAUAUUUGUGAAUUAUUCGCGAAUGUUGGGAGGUUUAGCAUACGUUGUCUUAACUGUGUCCAUGCUAGAGAGCCCCUCGCACGAUAGAUUCUCAAUUUAAACCCCUCAAUGAGAAACCCCCAUCAUCCAGACUCGAAUUUGAGACUUGGAGGGAAAACUCACCCGAGCCCACCAUAGAUAGAACUUUAUAUAAUUUUUAUUAUUUUUUUAUUUUUGUAAUUUGGGUAAUGUGUUGUACAGUAGUAGCAUAUAGGGUGGAUCAAUUUGCACCAUGGUUUAAUUAAAGACAAUCAAUUUUUAGAAUUUAUUUUUACUGUUUC